GCCGUUUUUGCGGUUUGCCAUUGACCUUGAUAGAUGCUGAUGGCAAGCUACAAGGCAGGGCAUUGCAGGUCCUGCACUGAAAGAAACUAGCAAGCAGGCAAGCAGACAAGCAAAUAUGUCAGAAAGUGCACCAGUACUGGAUAGGGACAACAAUGGCAGCUCCCACUCAUCCCAUGACACGGAUAGCGACAGUGUAAACAACACUCCGUACUCGUUUUUUCAGAAAACACCAAACCUUGAGGGUAUCACACUGUUGGACUUGUUGGAGCCAGCAUCUUUCAACAUCGAUUUGAAGAAAAAACGAGAUGAAACGUACAAGUGGGUGCACAAUUAUUAUAAGGAGAAAAAGAAAUCUGUCAAUUUGAAUAUGAAGAAACUCAAUAUGAGCAGCGAUGAGCUACUCGAGUUAAAGAAGGUUUUACAUGAACGAAUCGAUAAGGCGUACACGAGGAUUGAUCAAACACAGAAAGCCUCCACAACUGAAAAAAUCUUCUUUUCCAUUUCUGUCUACAUGAUAUUCUUCUUUGGUUAUCUCAUUGGCAAUCACCCUCAAUAUGUGCACGUUGUCUACUCCAUUAUAUUUACGAUUUUGAUGCCAAUUAGGCUAAUAACCUAUUACAAAAUUGGCUACGGCUAUUAUCUUGCUGAUCUUUGCUACUACGUGAACUUCUUGUUGAUGCUCUACAUAUGGGUUUUACCACAAUCUCAAAUGUUGUUCGUAACAUGCUGCUCCUUUUCGUGGGGGACUUUAUCGUUUGCAGUGAUAACAUGGAAAAACAAGCUAGUUUUCCAUAGCGUUGACAAAAUUACAUCCACAUUCAUACACGUAUUACCAGGAGUAAUCAUGUACGUCAUCACACACCAGCUCCCAUACGAGUACAAACUCAUCAGGUUUAAUGGAUCGAUCAAGCUACAACACUGGGAUAUAAUGUAUGGUAUUUUCAACACCUCAAUACUUUAUUUUGUGUGGCAAUUGUGUUACCAUUAUUUUAUCACAAUACGUAAGGCCGAUAAGAUUAAGAAAGGUAAGGUGACAUCUUUCGAGUAUCUGAGAAAGGCUUUUGCAAAAAAACCAAUAGGCAAGUUUGUCAAUUCGUUACCUGAGCCUUUUCCAGUGGUUGCGUUUACAAUCAUUCAAUAUGGUUACCAGUUGAUUACAAUGUCUGUUUGUCCUUUUCUCUACUCCUACAAACACGUUUGCUCGCUUUUUGUUUCUUUUAUUUUUCUGUGCGCAACCUACAAUGGUGCAACGUAUUAUGUCGAUUUCUAUGGGAAGAAGUUCCAAAGAGAAGUAGUGAAACUUCAGGGAGAAAUCGAAUCGUUACAACAAGAGCAGGGUAGUGAUCAAGAGAAGAAGGGAGAGUUGGAGAAAAAUAAAGUUCACAAUGAACAGCCCGGUGAUGGUAUUUCUGCCACAGAUACGCAAAGACGAAGGACUACCCCAGUCACUGUCUCUGAGAUAAUAGGUUAGUUAUUAAAGCCCUUCAAACAGGAAGCAUGGUUAGAUAGUUAUAAAUUUUUUUAGGUUUGAAGGUUAAGAGCGUAAUGUACAGUUAGUUAUGACGAUACUAUAUAAUCUGUAAGCGCCCUGAAAACAAAACUGUGCCCUCGGUAUACGGA